AUCGAUUAUAAUCGAUUGUUUGAUAAACGAAUUUUUAACAUUUCAGUAAAAAACUCAUGUUGAAAAAAAAUGUAAAUCAACAUGUCAUAUCAUUCGGAUCAUGAUUAUGAUUCAAACGAUCUUUUUGAAUAUCAUUCUGAUGAAGAAGAUGAAGAUAUAAUAAGUGAAAUGUCCGAUGAUUCUAGUGAGGAUUCUGAUGAAACCGACAGUGUAGACGACGACGACGAUGAUGAUGAUGAUGAUGAUGAUUCGUCGAUCGAGAUAAUUGAAGUAAAUGAGAUGACUUCUAAUCAACCAUCGUUAAGCCCUAAUCUUUCAAACACAUCAACUGUCAAUAAUGAGGCGAGUAUUUCAAUUUCAAAUUCUCAUGUAAAUUCAAAUGCUGUGGCCAACAAUGAAAGCAACAAUCUCUUGGAUUCCAAUGCAGAUUGUUGUAUUAUCUGUAGUGAUCAAUACACAAAUAGUGAUGCUCAUCAUAUUGUUGCACUUCGUUGUGGUCAUUUGUUCGGAAAAAGUUGUAUUGAACGAUGGCUAGCACCAGAACUCCGUAAUCAACGUUGUCCUACUUGUAGUAAAACUGCUCGUUGCCGUGAAAUCAUUAAAAUCUAUGCACAGAAUCUAAGACCUCUGGAUACUUGUAAAUUGGAUGAAAGUAACAAAAAAGUUGAAUAUUAUAAAGAACAAGCAGAACAAUUGGGAGCGAAACUUAAAAAAGCAGAAGAAUAUAAUCAUCAGCUUAAUGCCGAAAUUGAUUAUCUCAAAUCGAAAUUGAUCAAUAAUCAUGAUAAAAGUGGAGGAAAGAUCGACAUCAAUCGUUUUAAGCCACCCGAUCGUUUGACUAUGUCAUCUAACUCGAAAAAACGGCUUAAAACAUUUCAAAUUUCGCAUCUAAAAGAUAUUAUUUUCCCUGAAAGUGGUUCCCGUUAUUUUUGCUACAGUCACAUUUCUGAUCAUUUGGUUGUCAACAUUUUCAAUUCAAAUCUAGCGUUUAACGCAAUGUUUCCCAGAUAUGGUGUCCGAAUGUUUAAUUUAGAAAGUAACACAAACGAAUCAUUAUUCUUACAUACGAAAGCAAUGAAAGGAAUGGUUGUCAAUCCUUCUGAAGGAACACUUGUAACAAUUUCAUUGGACAAAACAAUGAAACAUUCGUCCAUAUUCAACAAGGCAGUCAUCGACAAUAUCCAAUUAUCUAAUGAACCAUGGAGUGUGGCCAAAAUGCCUGACAAUAAUUUAUUUUGUGUCGGCUAUCGAAAUAGUAUAAUCGAUGUGUAUGAUCGUCGCCAUUCAAGUGAACCAAUUUUCACUUUUACACCAUCAGCUGUCGAAAACCCAACGCCGGUGGCCUCUAUGACGGUCAUUGAAUAUUCACACAACCAUCAGCGAAAAACGGCUCUUCUAUCAAUGCAUUUAGAUUCAUUCUGGUUAUAUCUGUCCAAAGAUAAUCUUAUUACCAAUAAUUACGAAUGUUUCAAAUUGCCAAUGCAAGGCAAAACAUUGUCUUGUGAUUUUGACAAGAAAAGUGGAUAUACAUUGAUCUCUUUUCGACCAUCUCAAAAACAUCAUCGAACAACUCAUUAUAUUUUGGAUUUAGAAUAUGAUGAUCAAACAUCGAAUAUUGUUCCUCAUAUAAUAAAUAUACUGGAAAGUGGUAAUCAACAAGUCCAUCUAUCACAAUGUCGAAUUUUCACCAAUCCAAAUGAUGAAGAUUCAGUACUGAUUUGUGCGCCUGAUGAUAGUGCACAAGGAGCCAUGAUCUGGGAUUAUGAGAAUCGUUUCACGCAGCCAAUCAGAACAAAUAUGAUAAACUAUGAUUUUGGACUAAUACCAAGACAUCAUUCAAGUCCAAGUGGUUUAUUAUCUUGUUUAGGCGAAAAAAUGAUCAAAUUGUAUAAAAUGUAAUAAUCAUAAUCAUGCUUUAUUAAAAUGUAUUAAAUUAAAUAACAAAUUUGGAUAAAUCA